AUGUUGGACCUCCAAUCAUCGCGGCCUUUGUCAACCCAAACCUGUCCGAAUAGGACGUUGGCCGACAUCAAGAAGAACGUGGAUGAAAUUCGCAAGUUCUACCCCUACAACGACAAUGUCUCCCUUGCGCAACAAAACUUUGACGCCGUAAUAGAGUUCUUACAGGGAGCUUUACAAGAAAAGAAAAAUUGGACCCAGCGGCUCGUUACUCAAUUGCUUGAAGCCAAUAGCACCAAUCAAAUGCUCACUGAGCAAUUGGAGGCACAACUACGCAACCAGAAACCCCAAGACGGCUGGAAUGACAAGGCUGAGACCUCAAGGAUGCUGAUUGCGAUUGUUGACGAGGAACGAGUGAGAAGCCUGGAUCUCAUGCGGGAAUUGGCCCGCAAAGAAGAGGAGAUGGAAGAAGCCUGA